UGUAUGACAGUACGUGCUACUUUUUCUUUAGGACUGAGGUUAAAACCAAGAUGGCAGCCUUCGCUGGUCGCACCACGAAACAGGCACUUUUACGAGCGAAACCGGCUUUUGUAAACCAGAAGGCUACUCUUGUGUCCCUGCGUGGCAAAAAUGGAAAGAAAGUGGCUUGGCUUUUAGGAUCGUUAGCUGUAGGAGGUGGCACUGUGGUGGCCACUGCCCUGGCACAGCCUGCCUUUGCAAGUGACUUAGUUCUUCACCCACCCAAGUUUCCCUGGACUCACAACGGCCACUUAGCAGCUCUGGAUCAUGCUAGUGUGCGCCGAGGCUAUGAAGUUUACAAGCAAGUUUGUGCUGCCUGUCACAGUAUGAAAUAUUUAUGCUACCGUAACCUGGUCAAUGUGAUUAUGACUGAGGAUGAAGCAAAGGCUGAGGCAGAGGAGGCUUUAGUGGAAGAUGGACCCAAUGAUGCUGGUGAAAUGUUUGAGAGACCAGGCAAACUUUCUGACCACUUCCCUGACCCAUACAAAAAUGACGAGCAAGCAAGAGCUGCCAACAACGGGGCUCUGCCUCCUGAUCUUAGCUACAUUGUGCUGGCCCGCCAUGGAGGAGAGGAUUACAUAUUUUCGUUGCUGACUGGCUACUCUGACCCACCGGCUGGAGUGAAGUUGAUGGAAGGCCAGCACUUUAACGCCUACUUCCCUGGAGGAGCUAUUGGCAUGGCACAGGCUUUGUACAAUGAGAUCAUUGAGUACUCUGAUGGCACCCCUGCCACACAGAGUCAGCUGGCGAAAGAUGUUGCCACUUUCCUGAAAUGGGCCGGAGAACCUGAGCAUGAUGUUCGCAAACUGUAUGGAUUCAGGGCAUUGAUCAUUCUGAGUUUCUUGAUUGGCGUGACAUACUACAUGAAGAGACACAAGUGGAGUGUACUCAAGUCCAGAAAACUGGCUUUCAAGCCUCCCAGUUACAAGUGAUGACAGAGCAGCAACUAACCUAGGCUGGGGUCAGGGUCGUGGUACGUGAAAGGAAAAAGGGAAGAAUUUUACGGGGCAGAUUUUCGACUGUGAAAUAAUGCAAACUUAAAAAACACAAAGGAAUCUGGACUUUAGUACUUCAGAGAUUAUCUACUUUCUUCUCAGGCUGUCAACAUUGUCUUUUGUUCUCAGUGAGUUUUAAAUAUUUCUGUUGCAUUCAGCUUUAGUUAUCAUGGAAAUGUCUUUUCCUGUGGAAAUUAUUUUACAUUAGCCAUAUGACAUGUUUUAUUCCUUUUAAUGUCUCUGUUUUAGGAUGAUCUAGUGUAUAUGUGUAAAUUUGCCAUUUGUGUUUUGACUGGAAGGUAACUAUUACUUUCACUGUGGCAAACUGUGAAUUGUAUUGCAUAGGUAAAUAAAAGAUAUAAAAUACAGUGUCCUACUGCCUUUUGAUCAAUUUUGGAAUAUCCGUGAAGACAAAUUUCUUGGAGUACUGGUAUUGACAGAAUGACUUACUAUCAAGGUAACUAUUUAUUAUGUCUGCAACUGUAGAAGCAUGAAUGUCUCUGGCAAAUAGCAUAGUGAAAAUGGAGCUUUGGAUCAGGAAGAGGUUUUGUCUUCACUGUUUGUCCUGCCGUGGCUCAAGCAAUGUCUGUGACCGAUUCCCCCAUGCUGUAGCCAACACGAAGGUUUUUUUGUAUUAAAAUGAUAUGACAGUUUGACCAUA